ACAGGGCCAGCUUGCCUAGGGCAGAGGCUGGUUGCUCCAUAUCCAAGGGUGUAGGGACCCUGCCCUUGCCACCCAGCCCAUCCCAUCUGGUUGGGGACAAAUCACAAGGAUUGCUUUUCCUUUUCCUUUUCCCGGCACGCUAACACCUGACGUACAGACCAAGGUGGAAGAACCUGCUGGGGACAGACAACAUGGCCAGUGGGAAGACCAAUAAGUCUGCACCAAACCAUGUUAUCUUCAAGAAGAUCUCCCGGGACAAAUCGGUGACCAUCUACCUGGGGAAGAGGGACUAUAUAGACCACGUCAGUGAAGUGGAGCCUGUGGAUGGUGUCGUACUAGUUGAUCCUGAACUCGUGAAGGGAAAGAAAGUGUACGUCUCUCUGACCUGCGCCUUCCGCUAUGGUCAGGAGGACAUCGACGUCAUCGGCCUGACCUUCCGCAGGGACCUGUACUUCUCUCGGGUCCAGGUGUACCCUCCUGUGGGAGCUGCGGGCACCCCCACGAAACUGCAGGAGAGCCUGCUGAAGAAGCUGGGGAGCAACACGUACCCCUUUCUGCUCACGUUUCCCGACUACUUGCCCUGUUCAGUGAUGUUGCAGCCAGCUCCUCAAGACACAGGGAAGUGCUGUGGGGUCGACUUUGAGGUCAAAGCCUUUGCCAUAGACUGCCCUGAAGGUGAAGAGGACAAAAUCCCCAGGAGGAGCUCUGUGCGGUUACUGAUCCGGAAAGUACAGCACGCUCCGCCCGAAAUGGGCCCCCAGCCCCAGGCGGAGGCGGCCUGGCAGUUCUUCAUGUCUGACAAGCCCCUGAACCUCACAGUCUCCCUUGCCAAGGAGAUCUAUUUCCAUGGGGAACCCAUCCCUGUCACUGUGACUGUGACCAAUAACACGGAGAAGACAGUGAAGAAGAUUAAAGUACUAGUGGAACAAGUGGCCAAUGUGGUUCUCUACUCAAGUGAUUAUUACGUCAAGCCGGUGGCCAUGGAGGAAGCACAAGAAAAAGUGCCACCAAACAGCACUUUGACUAAGACGCUGACGCUGUUGCCUUUGCUGGCCAACAACCGAGAAAGGAGAGGCAUUGCCCUGGACGGAAAGAUCAAGCACGAGGACACCAACCUGGCCUCCAGCACCAUCAUUAAGGAGGGCAUAGAUCGAACCGUCCUGGGGAUCCUGGUAUCUUACCAGAUCAAGGUGAAGCUCACGGUGUCAGGCUUUCUUGGAGAGCUCACCUCCAGUGAAGUGGCCACUGAGGUCCCAUUCCGCCUCAUGCACCCACAGCCUGGGGACCCAGCUAAGGACAGCUUUCCGGAUGAAAAUUUAGUUUUUGAGGAGUUUGCUCGCCAAAAUCUGAAAGAUACAGAAGAAACUGAGCAAGGGAAAAAAGACAAGGAUGACGUCAAUGAUGACUGACAACGUCGGCUCCGGAUGCAUAGGGCUGCCCUGUAGUUACCAGUGUGAUGA